CGCAGGCGCAGACAGACGUGGCAGUCGGAGAGAUGGCUCCUGCCGGGCGCUUCUGGGGAAGGAAGAUCAUGCUCUCGCUGUUGCUCUUGAUCAUCUGCCCGUCCUGCCUUUUAUCCAUCAAGGUUUCUCCUCUUAUUGAAAGAACCAGUGACCAUAAAGAUUUCAAGAAGCUUCUGCGCACAAGGAACAAUGUUUUGGUUUUAUACUCAAAGUCAGCUUCCGCAGCAGAGCAGCAGCUCAAACUCCUGUCCAACAUUGCUCAGGAUGUUAAGGGAACAGCGACUGUAUCAUGGAUCGACUGUGGUGAUGGAGAGAGCAGAAAGCUGUGCAAAAAGUUGAAGGUGGAUCCCAGCAAGAAGCCCAAUGGGCUCGAGCUGCUUCAUUACAAGGAUGGGACCUUCCAUACAGAAUAUAACAGACCAAACACAUAUAAGUCACUUGUGGCUUUCCUGAGAGACCCAGAAGGGGCCCCACUGUGGGAAGAGAAUCCUGAAGCCAAAGACGUUGUACAUAUUGAUAAUGAGAAGGACUUCCGGAAGCUUCUGAAGAAGGAAGAUCGCCCGCUGCUAAUGAUGCUUUACGCGCCUUGGUGCGGUGUUUGCAAGCGACUGAUACCAUCGUACCAGCAAGCUGCCACCAAUCUGAAGGGCUCUUAUGUGCUUGCAGGAAUGAAUAUUCACCCCCCAGAGUUCGACCGGCUGAAGGAAGAGUACAAUGUGAAGGGUUACCCGACCGUGCUUUAUUUUGAGAAGGGGAAGUAUAUGUUCAACUUUGAGAAGUACGGAGCCUCCGCUAAUGACAUCUCUGACUGGCUGAAAAACCCUCAGCCCCCAACCCCAGAGGCCCCCGAGGUGGCAUGGGCGGAUCAGGACAACGCAGUUUACCACCUGACAGAUGCAGAUUUCGACCAAUUUUUGUCCGAACACCCUUCUGUGCUUGUCAUGUUCUAUGCUCCAUGGUGCGGGCACUGUAAGAAGAUGAAACCCGACUAUGAGAAGGCGGCAGUGACCCUGCAACAAAGUGGGGUUGGUGUAUUGGCGGCAGUAGAUUCUACAGUGCACAGAGCCGUGUCCGAGAAAUUCCACGUCACUGGGUUUCCCACAGUGAAGUAUUUUGAGAAUGGUGAGGAGAAAUACACAGUACCUCAUCUGCGCACAGAGCAAAAAAUCGUGGAGUGGAUGAACAACCCAGAGGCGCCACCCCCACCAGAGCCUUCCUGGGAUGAGAAACCUUCCACCGUUCUGCACCUUGUGGGGGAAGAGUUCCGUGAAGCCCUAAAGAAGAAGAAACAUUCACUGGUCAUGUUCUAUGCCCCUUGGUGCCCACACUGUAAGAGCUCGGUCCCAGACUUCACAACAGCUGCUGAUACCUUUAAGGAUGAUAGAAAGAUUGCAUAUGGCGCUGUAGACUGCACCAAAGAGAAGAACCAGGGUGUGUGCAAGCAAGAGGGGGUGGAAGGAUUCCCUACCUUCAACUACUACAACUACGGAAAGUUCUCUGAGAAAUACAGUGGGGAACGAACAGAAUCUGGAUUUAUUGGUUUUAUAAAGACACUACGUGAGAGAGACCAGGUUAAACUGGGCAAGAAAAAGGAUGAAUUGUAACACUGGCCCUCAUGGCUGCACCCACUGCGCACUGUUAAAUGUCUCCCAGCUUCCAGGUCCUGGAGACUGAAUUGGUUUCCUGCUAUCAGAACAGGCCUGACUUCCCCCAUCUCUAGCAGGGAAUUGGGUAUAAAUCAGAGAUAUUAAAGAAAAGUUGAAGGAAUUAAACCACUGUUUAAUAGAAUAUUCCAAUACUGAUUUUUUCAGGACAGAGUAUCCACAGUUCCAUGUGUGUGCAUUGCUUCUAUGGAACCCAUUCUUGUACAACAAUCAUUAUUUUGCUGGCACCUAAAGGCUCCAGCAAGGGGAGGGGUUGAUUUUUUUUUUUUUGAGGUUUAUCAGCUAGAAGGGACAAAUUCUGUUAAAUUGAAUGUUGGGGUAUCUGGGGUCACUGCCCUUUCACUGAUGCCAAUAUGAAGCCAUCAAUUGCCCUCACUUCACCACCACCCACAAAGGCAGGGCAUCUACAACUACCAACCUAUCUGGUACUGUAUAAUCUAUUCCUGAAAGUCCUGGGAAUAAUGGCAUUUGUACAAAGGCCUGUAUAAAUGUGUCAAGUAACCAAAUUAAGCUCCUUUUCUCUCAUAGUGCUGAAUGCCAUGCUGGAAUGGGCACUGCUUUGCCUCCAGACUGACAAGACAUCUGGUUGUAAUACAUUAUUGGGUGGGUAAAUUAUAUAGGCAUUUUCUCAGCUUGCAGGGCAGCCCAUAAUCAAUGAAAAGAGGGUCCAAAUGGUGGAAAUAUGCAUCCUUAGAUUUCACCAGUGAGUCUUUAAUGUUACUUGUCAUUCAGUUUGACUGCUAAGCUAUCAAGUUUUAUUUUUUUUUUUAUGCAUCAACGGAACAAUCACAAAAAUGAAAAUUGUAUAUAAGCUUCAUUAUACUGAAAUAAGUAACUUUCUAAAUAUAAUCGAUUAAUAAUUCAAUACUUUUUCAGACAUAAUCUCUCCAUUCUCCAUCUCUCAGCAUCCGUUUAUCUUUAUGCAAGAGUUGAGUGUCUUUUGAAUUGAGUUAAACUGGCCAUAGACGUGCAGAUAUAUCCUAAUGUCCGACGAAUGAUCGUGCGUUGCAAUCUCCCCAUUUAUAACUAACCAUUCAGAUUAUAAAUUAGUAAAAAGAACAAAUCAGAGGAUGUUCUGGCCGUGAAUUGACCGAAAGCAAUGGUGCGAAAGUUAUGUCUGACAAAUAGUAGUGACAGUCACCCAUUGAUAUAGUCAAUACAUGCAGAGAUAUUAUCGUUAGCUGACAGAAAUCUUCUAACCUGUCUCAUCGACUAAAUAGCUGAUCGCCAUGGUAUAAAAAAAUGUCGGGACAAUCCACAUACGGUCCGGAAACCGUACAAACCUAAGUUUCGUACGACUUUAUCUCUGCGUCUAUGGCCAGCUUUAGUUUCAAUAUAUCUCUCAGGGGAGCUCCCUUUCCUAGCAGAUAUGCUAAAGCUCACUCAAAUAACGGAUUCUAGUAAAAACUAAAUCUAACAGACAUGCUCAAAUUCUGCAUGUAGAAAUACAGGACUUCUGGUGAUUUUAAGAGAGUGAGCGCUUAUACAUUUAGGAAAAUCGGACACCCCACCCAUUCAAAGGUUAUACUAGACCUAACUGCCUUUCCUAAUCAGACUCCUGCGUGAAGAUAGAUUGAAGAAAGACAGUUGCUGAGAGGGGGAGAGUGAAGAGUAACUUGAUUGUUUAAAAAGAGGUAAUCAUUUUAAAUUUAUUAUAUUUAGAAUCUAAUUCAGUAUGAUGAUUAUAUUAAAUUUUCAUUUUUGUGAUAGUUCCCUUUUAAAGAGACGUAACACCUUUCCUUAAUCAUAUAGCCUCUGCCCAGGCCCCUCUCCUCAAGCAUAUCAAACAGGCAACACAUAUAGGAAGUGAAAAGGAAAAGUCAUGCAGUGGGGUUGAGGGCCACCAGGUCUGGACACCUCAUUUCUUGUCCAUGGUGGUGAUCGCGAAACAGGAUAGUGUGCUUAAAGCACAAAGCACUGUCUUACAUUGUGCAUGCUGCUGUUUAGCGAUCCUGGAAAGGAACUGAUUCCCAUUGCCUUUUUAGUUCAAUUACAAGGAAGCAGGGCCAUUCUGGGAUUUCUGCAUGAUGUGGUCAGGGAGAGGGGUUUAUUUCUCCGUUUGGGAUCUGAGACAAGGAGAAAUCCUAUUCAUGGUGUAGCUUCUGGGUACAUACCUGGAAAUGAAUGUUUGGGGCAUAUAUGUCCAAUCAAUAUCACAAGCAUUGCUGUUUGUGGUUUAAUAUGGACACAGAUUUGGCAGAAGGGGUUAAAAUGUUUUAAUAAUGCAGGACUCCUAAAAGGAAAAGGCCAUUUAUUGAGCACAAAAAUGGGAGAAGCAGCUUAAGGGUUAAACUGAUUGCAAUGUUAAAGCAUAGGGCACAAACUGGGGUAAUUCCAAUUCUUUUUAACAGCCAAUAAUUCAGUCUUCUAAAAACUGAUCCAGACCCAAUUUCUCUUGUAGUGGGGGUGGGGGGUCUGUGGAGGUGGUACCACAAAGCUCAGGGAAAAAACGAAAUUACAUUUGCCGAAUUGUCACAGAGAAAACCAAUGUGAUUUGCCUUUCCGGACACUGUUUACAAGCUGACGGCAGAGCGUUUGGGCCAAUAAAGUGCAGGGAACUAAAAGCCAAAAAGCAAGAUGAUCUAUUUUUUCUUUUCUCCAUUAUUCUCACUGGGACGCCCAGGGGAUGAAAGCAUUAGUAUUGUGAUUCACAGCGAUGACCUGGGGGAUAUUACAAUGUUUCAUACUGUAUAAAGGCAAAGGCACCAUAUUUUUGAUACGCAGUAACUAGAAAUUUAGAGAAACCUGUUUACAUUCCCUUUAAUCUGAGACUCCGCCUUCUGCACUGUUUUUCCUCAUUUGCCGAAAGGAGAUUUUUUUUUUUUCACCUUAUUUCAGUUGUUUUUCUCUGUUUUAAGUUAGGUUAAACUGAUUCAUGCCUUAUGUUUUGAUUCUGUGUUACUCACAAUCUGGGUUUAAUCAUAUGUGAUUCUGUUUCAUCUCAAAAUAAAACAUAAAACCU